AUGGAAAUGGCUUGUUUAAACCAAAAACACCAUCUCCUCUUCUUGGUUCUCUUCACCACUAUCUCCUCCACUCAUGUUCUCUCAGACAGUGUUGGCAUAAGCUCAUACCGUCUGUACCCUUUUGCUUGCUCUGAUUCUGAUCAAAUCCAGAGCUGCAAUUCCUACCUAUAUCACAUCUCAAAAGGCCAUCAAAUAGAGGAAAUAGCCACUUUUUACUCUGUCAAUUCAUCCAGCAUCAAGCCUAUAGUUCAUGGCACCCAACACCAACAAGACUAUCUUGUAUCUGUGCCUUGCACUUGCAAAGACAUCAAAGGCACCAAAACUUACCUCUAUGACACCAGUUACCUAGUUAAACAAGGAGACACCCUUGAGAAUGUUGUUAGUGAGUUUUACAGUGGGCAGGCAAUGAUAGUUGGAGCAGAGGAGGAGCCAUUUGCUGGUGUUGGCAAUAUGACAACUAUGCACCUUGUUUGUGGGUGUGUAGAGAAAUCUUCACGGGAGGUUGUGACAUACACAGUUCAAGACCAUGACACUUUGAUAGGAAUUGAACAACUUCUAUCUGCACAUGAGAGUGAAAUUCAGAAUCUGAACAUAAACUUCACUCAAACCCCAAAUUUUAUAGAUGUUGGUUGGGUUUUGUUUGUGCCAAUGGAGCUGAAUGGACUUCAACCAAAAAGGCAAGGAAAGAGACUCAGUUUGCCUAAAAUUAUAGCCAUAGUGUCAGCUGUUGGUUUUCUAUUUGUGGCCACAUUCAUCAUAUUCCUUCUCAUCAGAUACAGAAAAGGAAAGAACAGAGAAGAAGAUCAAAAAUCUGUUGUAAACCCAAGUGCCAAGAAAGGUUUCUCACUGAAGCAACAGUUCUUCAAAAGGCAAAUGGAAGAAACUUUUGAGAAUGAAAGACCAGUUAUAUAUAGCAUGGAGCAAAUCGAGAUGGCUACAAGUAACUUUGAUGAAACCAGGAAGAUUGGGGAGGGUGGAUAUGGCAUCGUUUACUUGGGAAUAUUAGGAGAACUGGAAGUUGCAAUUAAGAAGAUGAGAUCUAGCAGAACAAAGGAGUUCUUUGCUGAGCUCAAGGUUUUAUGCAAGAUACAUCACAACAAUGUGGUGGAGCUGCUGGGAUAUGCUAGUGGAAGUGACCAUCUAUGUUUGGUUUAUGAGUUUCUACAUAAUGGCUCCCUCAAUGACCAUCUUCAUGACCCAUUGCUGAAAGGAAACCAACCUCUUUCAUGGACAGCAAGAGCACAAAUAGCACUGGAUACAGCAAGAGGAAUUGAAUACAUUCAUGACCACACGAAGGCGCGCUAUGUGCACCGGGAUAUAAAAACCAGUAACAUUCUACUUGAUCAAGGACUCAGAGCAAAGGUUGCAGAUUUUGGCCUAGCAAGGUUAGUAGAGCGGUCAAGCGAAGAAGAUACGGUAGCGACACGCGUGGUUGGAACACCCGGUUACAUUCCUCCGGAAUCUGUUCGUGAGCUACAAAUGACAUCAAAAACUGAUGUUUAUGCAUUCGGAGUGGUGGUAGCAGAGCUAAUAACUGGUCAGCGUGCGAUUGUUCGUGACAACAGAGAACCAAAAAGAAUGAAGUCACUCAGCUCAGUUCUAUACGCGGUGUUCCAAGAAAAAGAUCCAGAAGCUGCAUUGGAAGCUAAAGUAGAUGGUAACAUGAAAGGAAGCUACCCUAUCGAAGCAGUGUACAAGAUGGCAGAAAUAGCAAGGCGGUGUUCGAGUGAAGAUCCAGUAGAUAGACCAGAGAUGAGAGACAUUGUCCAAACGCUCUCCCAAAUAUUGGUGUGCUCAAUAGAAUGGGAAGCAUCACUUGGAGGGAAGAGCCAAGUCUUCAGUGGGUUAAUUAUGAGUGGAAGAUAA